UUUUUCCCUUUUUAGUUUACCCAGAAGUGCUUUGGGGUGUGUGUGUGUUCGUGUGUGCGUUUCCGCUGGUUUUUCCUGUUGGAGAAGGAAAGGGGGAGCUGUUUUUUUUCUCUCUGCUCCUAAUCUAUUUUUUGUCCUUUUUUUCUCCUCCUCCUCCUCUUUCUGCUCCUCCUCCUCUUUCUUCUCCUCCUCUUCCUGGGUUAUCUUUGUCUGCCUCACUCGGUCCCUGAACUCUUCCCCAGCGCUGCAGCCCCGAGUCACUGGCCAGUGUGGAUGUGUGUGGUGCCCUCCAAUGCAACAGCGGCGGCGGCGGCAGGACCGGAGGAGGAGCAGGAGCAGCGGCGGCAACGAUAGCAGCAUUAACAGCCACAGCGGCUGCUUCUGGAGGACUAAAAAGGAGGAGGAAUCGGCGUUUCCGUGAGCUUCAGCAGGAGGAAGAAGGGGAGCAGCUCGCCGCCGGAGAGCAGUCCCCAGGCCCCCGCCGCUGCUUCCCCCCACCCUCCACCUUCCUCGCCCGUUUCUCCGAGAGAGGAGGGGGGCUUGCAAAUGCUAGCACGGCCACUGGGCGUGGAGGAGACUGAGGCUUGAGCCGGGAGUGGGGGAAGAGUCUGGGUGCCGUUGCUGCCACCUCAACAUGGUGUAAAUCCGCUUCCGACGCUGCACGCUCCCAGUUUCUUUCUCUCAAUCUUUUUUUUUCUACAAAUACACGGGGAGACGGACAAACAGACACACACACAGACGGGGGGCGGGGGGAAUCUCUUCUACGAGAAGCGAACAAUCCAGCGGCGGCGGCGGCGGGGGCAGCCUCAGCGCCGCUUCCCAAUGAAGAGCAGUCCCCGGUUGGCGGGGAUCAUCUCGGGGUGAAGAGCUGCUGCAAUCGACAGUUAGCCCUUUUUAAAAAAUUCAAGUUUAAUUAAAAAUAUAUACAUAUAUAUAAUUUUUUUUUUUUUUUGCAAAAAGAGAAGAUGGCGAACGAUUCCCCUGCAAAAAGUCUGGUGGACAUAGACCUUUCCUCCUUACGGGAUCCUGCUGGGAUUUUUGAGUUGGUGGAAGUAGUUGGCAAUGGCACUUAUGGACAAGUCUAUAAGGGCCGACAUGUCAAGACUGGUCAGCUGGCAGCCAUCAAAGUCAUGGAUGUUACUGAAGAUGAAGAGGAAGAAAUCAAAUUGGAGAUAAAUAUGUUGAAGAAAUAUUCUCAUCAUAGAAAUAUUGCAACAUACUAUGGUGCUUUUAUUAAAAAGAGCCCUCCAGGACAUGAUGAUCAACUGUGGCUGGUGAUGGAAUUCUGUGGGGCGGGAUCCAUUACAGACCUUGUGAAGAAUACCAAAGGGAACACACUGAAAGAAGAUUGGAUCGCUUAUAUCUCCAGAGAGAUUCUAAGGGGAUUGGCACAUCUUCAUGCCCAUCAUGUGAUUCAUCGUGACAUCAAGGGCCAGAAUGUACUGCUGACAGAAAAUGCAGAGGUGAAACUUGUUGAUUUUGGUGUCAGUGCUCAGUUGGACAGGACAGUUGGACGAAGAAACACUUUCAUUGGAACACCCUAUUGGAUGGCUCCUGAGGUCAUUGCCUGUGAUGAGAAUCCUGAUGCAACUUAUGAUUACAGAAGUGACCUUUGGUCCUGUGGCAUUACAGCUAUUGAAAUGGCAGAAGGUGCUCCCCCUCUCUGUGACAUGCAUCCCAUGAGAGCACUUUUUCUCAUUCCUCGGAAUCCUCCUCCCCGGCUAAAGUCAAAAAAAUGGUCAAAAAAGUUUUUUAGCUUUAUAGAGGGGUGCCUAGUGAAGAACUACAUGCAACGUCCCUCUACAGAGCAGCUUUUGAAGCAUCCUUUUAUAAGGGAUCAGCCAAAUGAAAGGCAAGUUAGAAUCCAGCUUAAGGACCAUAUAGAUCGGACAAGAAAGAAGAGAGGGGAGAAAGAUGAGACAGAGUAUGAGUAUAGUGGAAGUGAAGAAGAGGAGGAAGAAGUACCUGAACAAGAAGGAGAGCCCAGUUCCAUUGUUAAUGUGCCUGGUGAAUCUACCCUUCGGCGGGAUUUCUUAAGACUGCAACAGGAAAACAAGGAACGCUCGGAGGCUCUACGGAGGCAACAACUUCUACAGGAACAGCAACUCCGAGAGCAGGAGGAAUAUAAAAGGCAACUCCUGGCAGAGAGGCAGAAACGCAUUGAGCAGCAGAAAGAGCAGAGGAGACGACUGGAAGAGCAACAAAGAAGAGAGCGUGAAGCUAGAAGGCAACAGGAGCGUGAGCAGAGGAGGAGAGAACAAGAAGAGAAGAGGCGCCUGGAGGACUUAGAAAGAAGACGGAAAGAAGAGGAAGAGAGAAGAAGGGCAGAAGAAGAGAAGAGGAGAGUAGAGAGAGAGCAGGAGUAUAUCAGGCGACAGCUAGAAGAGGAGCAGCGGCACUUGGAAAUCCUUCAGCAGCAGCUGCUCCAGGAGCAGGCCAUGUUACUGGAAUACAGAUGGCGGGAGAUGGAAGAACAUCGGCAGGCAGAGAGACUCCAGAGGCAGUUACAGCAAGAGCAAGCAUAUCUCCUGUCCUUACAGCAUGACCAUAGGAGGCAUCACCAGCAGCAACAGCAGCAGCAACAACAGCAACAGCAAGAAAGAAAUAAACAGAGCUAUCACCCUCCUGAAACUAAACCUCACUAUGAAGCUGCUGAAAGAUCUAGAGAGGUGGAAGAUAGAUUUAGGAAAACUAACCAAGGUUCCCCUGAAGCACAGUCUAAGCAGACAGGCAAAGUUUUGGAGCCACCAGUGCCUUCAAGAUCAGAGUCUUUUUCCAAUGGCAACUCCGAUUCUGUUCACCCUGCACUCCAGAGACCAGUGGAACCACAGGUACAGUGGUCCCAUCUGGCAUCUCUCAAGAACAAUGUUUCCCCUGUCUCGCGAUCCCAUUCCUUCAGUGACCCUUCUCCUCCCAAAUUUGCACAUCACCAUCUUCGUUCUCAGGACCCAUGUCCACCUUCACGCAGUGAGGUGCUAAGUCAGUGUUCUGAAUCUAAGUCGGAGGUACCCGAUCCCACCCAAAAGGCUUGGUCUAGAUCAGACAGUGACGAGGUGCCUCCAAGGGUACCUGUGAGAACAACAUCCCGUUCUCCUGUUUUAUCUCGUCGUGAUUCUCCACUGCAGGGCAGUGGGCAGCAAAAUAACCAAGCAGGUCAAAGAAACUCUACAAGCAAUAUUGAACCCAGACUGCUAUGGGAAAGGGUAGAGAAGCUGGUGCCAAGGCCUGGCAGUGGUAGCUCCUCAGGUUCAAGUAAUUCGGGCUCACAGCCAGGGUCCCAUCCUGGCUCUCAGAGUGGAUCUGGUGAACGCUUCAGAGUGAGAUCAUCAUCAAAAUCAGAAGGUUCACCAUCCCAGCGCCAUGAAAAUGCAACAAAAAAGCCUGAAGAGAAAAAAGAAAUCUUCAGACCUCACAAACCUGCUGGAGAAGUGGACUUGACUGCAUUGGCCAAGGAACUUCGAGCAGUAGAAGAUGUGCGACCUCCUCACAAAGUAACAGACUAUUCCUCAUCUAGUGAAGAAUCUGGAACAACGGAUGAGGAAGAUGAUGAUAUAGAACAAGAAGGAGCAGAUGAAUCUACUUCUGGACCAGAGGACACCAGAGCAGUAUCAUCUCUGAAUCUGAGCAAUGGUGAAACUGAAUCAGUGAAAACAAUGAUUGUUCAUGAUGAUGUAGAAAGUGAACCUGCCAUGACCCCAUCAAAAGAGGGUACCUUAAUCGUCCGCCAGAGUACAGUUGACCAAAAGCGUGCCAGCCACCAUGAGAGCAAUGGCUUUGCCGGUCGCAUUCACCUCUUGCCAGAUCUCUUACAGCAAAGCCAUUCCUCCUCUACUUCCUCCACUUCCUCCUCCCCAUCCUCCAGCCAGCCGACACCCACCAUGUCCCCACAGACACCCCAGGACAAGCUCACUCCUAAUGAGACUCAGUCCGCUAGUAACACACUCCAGAAACACAAAUCUUCCUCCUCCUUUACACCUUUUAUAGACCCCAGAUUACUUCAGAUUUCUCCAUCUAGUGGGACAACAGUGACUUCUGUGGUGGGAUUUUCUGGUGAAGCAAUGAGAUGUGAAGCAAUAAGGCAAGAUCCUACCCGUAAGGGAUCAGUUGUUAAUGUGAACCCUACAAAUACUCGACCACAGAGUGAUACCCCGGAGAUUCGUAAAUACAAGAAGAGAUUUAAUUCUGAGAUCUUAUGUGCUGCCUUAUGGGGAGUUAAUUUGUUAGUAGGUACUGAGAGUGGCCUGAUGUUGCUGGACAGAAGUGGCCAAGGAAAGGUGUAUCCACUUAUUAACCGAAGGCGAUUCCAACAGAUGGACGUUCUUGAAGGCUUGAAUGUUUUAGUGACAAUAUCUGGUAAGAAAAAUAAAUUACGAGUCUACUACUUGUCUUGGCUAAGGAAUAAAAUACUUCAUAAUGAUCCAGAAGUGGAGAAGAAACAGGGAUGGACAACUGUAGGUGAUUUGGAAGGAUGUGUACACUAUAAAGUUGUAAAAUAUGAAAGAAUCAAGUUUCUCGUCAUUGCUUUGAAAAGUUCAGUGGAAGUCUAUGCUUGGGCCCCAAAGCCAUACCACAAAUUUAUGGCCUUUAAGUCAUUUGGAGAAUUGAUACAUAAGCCAUUGUUGGUCGAUCUUACUGUAGAGGAAGGGCAACGGUUAAAAGUGAUUUAUGGUUCCUGUGCUGGAUUUCAUGCUGUUGAUGUGGACUCGGGAUCAGUCUAUGAUAUCUAUCUACCUACGCACAUUCAGAGUAGCAUACAACCUCAUGCUAUUAUCAUACUCCCCAACACAGAUGGGAUGGAGUUGCUAGUGUGCUAUGAGGAUGAAGGGGUUUAUGUGAAUACAUAUGGAAGGAUUACAAAGGAUGUGGUUCUACAAUGGGGAGAGAUGCCUACAUCUGUUGCAUAUAUUCGGUCCAAUCAAAUCAUGGGUUGGGGUGAAAAGGCUAUUGAGAUACGAUCUGUAGAGACUGGUCACUUGGAUGGCGUGUUUAUGCAUAAGAGGGCACAGAGGCUCAAAUUCUUAUGUGAACGCAAUGACAAGGUAUUUUUUGCCUCUGUUCGGUCUGGUGGAAGCAGUCAGGUUUAUUUCAUGACUUUAGGCAGGACUUCUCUUCUGAGCUGGUAGAAGUGGUGUGACAAGGGAAUUACUGGCACCCAGAGUCUUCAAGAUCUUCAGAACUUGGAAUUACUUACAACUGGAGUACAGACCUGCAUUGAUGCAACAUGAUACAGCAAAUGUGGGCAGGCAUCACUGGUGUUAGUGUUUCUUUCUCUCUCUCUCUCUCUCUCUCUCUCUCUCUCUCUCUCUCUCUUCUCUCUUCUCUCUCUUCUCUUU